GUCAGUAAGCGAGCCCAGCCUUCACACAGUGUGUAUGAGGGGAAACCGAGCCAGACAGUGACGGACCUGACCCCCCGCUUAUCAGCUGCCUGUCACACCAGCACCGACCCGGAGCCGUCACGCCGCGCUGUGACACCUGGCUGGGAUGGAGGGAGAGAUGCAGCCCGCAGACGAAGGGCCCUGCGCCCCCAAAAUGUGCAGACAGCAGCGGGGUCCGUACAGCUCCCUGAAAACCUUCCAGAGCAGACGCUGGGCGGGCAGGACGCGCUUUGACAGGUCCAGUGUGGUGGAGGUGCCUCUGUUUGGCGACGGGCAUCACUUCACUUUUCAUCCCGAGCAGGCGCACCAUUUCCAGCCUCUCCAUCCCCAGCAGCACCAUCACCACCAGCAGCAGCAGCGUCUGCAGCAGCUCCACCAAAGCAGCGUUGCGAUCAGCAGUAGCCAGCAGCAUCACCAGACUCCCCAACAGCAGCAGCAGCAGCAUCGUUUACCAUGUGAGAGCAGGCCCAGCAGCAGGGUUCCGACAUCCACCUCAGCGCCGGGGGGCAGCGUGGCGACAGCAGAGUCUCCUGGCACCCUGGAGGGGCGCUCCAACGGCGGCAGAGCAGAGCCCAGGUUCUCCCCUGACUGCACCUAUGGGAUCAGCUCAGGUAUGUCUCAAAGUUGCAAAUAGUGGCACCUAGUUUGUUUUUGUUUGGAUCUUGAAUGUUUACUCCUUUUUCAUCCACAAGUCCUGAGAUUGUCUUGGUCUGUGUACACUGUGUGGAGCUCUGAUUCUACCUGUAAUGUGGUGUCUGGUAUUAGUGAGUGUGCCAGUUGAUGCACUCAUCCAAUAUAUUACUCAGUAUUUACAAAAAUGGACUUUUUUCAGGUCAAAACCACAUCACCAUAACAAUAACGCUCCUGCAUUAAAGUAGGAUAUAGUGAUAGCCAAAACAUUUGGUGUAUUUCUCCUGAUACUAUUUUUAUUUUUGUUUUGACGGGGAACUUGAAGCCACCCAACACCAAUGAUCUCAAGCGUCUUAUAUAUUUAAGAUCUGGUCGCAUAAAUACAUAAGAGAAUCGUCUCUAGAAAGACCACAAAUUUCAAUAAUAGUCUGCACAAUACAUCAUCAGUCUCAAGCAUCUCUUUUGUCUGCUCAUCAUCACCUGAUCUUCAUGUUUUCACUCCCUUUUCUUCCUCAUUUUCUCCCCGUCUGCAGUGAUUGAUUUGCUGCUGUAAUGAGAGCAGUCAUGAUUGAAUCUCUACUGUGCAUGUGCUAAAAAUUACAUUGGGUAAUUGUCUGACCAUGUGUGCAAGAGUGUGUGUGUGUGUGUGUGCUGUCUUGUGUUUGUGUGUGUGUGUGUGUGUAAGAAGGGCCCGCACAGUCUCCAGUUGAAACACAUUGUUCAUUUUUCCUCCUCAGCUGCGGUUCAUUAGAGGGCUGUUCAUGCUCAGGCAGAAAUGUGUUCCCAGUGUGGAGGGUGGGUCCAUGGGAACCAGCAUUAAGAUGAAAGCGGUGAACCUAAUCCUGAUGGUUACAAAAUUAAACAUCAGACAUCACAUCCUCUAAUCAGAUUGUAAUCUCUUUAUCACCGCUGGCAACAGAUGUUUAGAUUGCAGCUGGUCAUUGUUGCUUUAGAUACAAUCAAUCCCUGCACUGUAGCUCUAAAUCAAUCCUAUAGCAGCGUUUACAAAUAAAGGCAUACAGUGCUACAGGUUCAAUCUGAAAAUACUGGAUCUUUAAUGUGUGAAAGCAAGCUUAUUUUCUUGCACAAAUAUGGCUCAGGUUUUUAGUGAUGAUGGCCAUUGUUUGCAUGAUCUCCGGCUUAAUUUCACACAUCACAUACUUAUACAAAAUUACAAUAAAAGCGCCCAGAUCACACAAAAUGUGUCAUCCAAUCAUAGAUAAAAGUGCCAUACAUUAUUUCUGAUAAUGACACAUGAUCCAAGUGUCUUUAUCCGCACAAUAAGUGAAACUUAACGUCCCUCUUAUGCGCACAGAAAACUUGGUGUCCUCGUGAAGACAGACCCCGAGACUCAGCAAUCAGUUGAGCGCACAAUAACACAAAUUGCAUUGAGGAGCCUUUCCCAAAGAGUUGUGAUUAAAAUAAAUGGGGCUCAUAAAUUUGCCUCUGCAGAGCGUGUUGUUUUUAAUGAAAUUUUAUGAGGCUCUCAGACUGGUGAGAGGAGGGUGGGGGUGGAGGUGUGGUGGCGGUGGUGUUGUUGAAUGAGGGGGGUGCAGAAGGCGAAGGCGAAUGAUAUCAGAUACAUCUCGACGAGUAAACAGAGACAGCACGCAUAUUAAUAAAUGCGACACAUCUGCGCCAGGCUGAUAGACACGUCUGAGCGAGUGGCAACGCAGCAGUGGCCGCCUGGAACUCAUUUUGUCUGUGUGUAUAUUUGUGUGUGUAUACAUAUGCGUGUGUGUGUGUUUGUGAGGAUAGUGGACUCAUAAUCAUUACAUGGAGGUAUGUGUGAGAUCAUCUCAUUGAAACGUGCUCAGACUACCAGGGAAACUGUACACUGAGGCUGUUUUUGGACAAAAGCACUGUGCUGAUUUCCUCGUCUCGCUUGGGUCUGCGUACCGUAGAUAUACUGUCCCUUUACAGCUUAUUGACAUCUGAAUAAAUCAGCAUAAACAAGCAGCAUUUCAAUGAACUCACUUUAUGUUUUUGUAAUGCGAAGCUUGGCCACAAUAAGACGAGGUGAAAAACAAAGUUCAGCUCAGAAAUACUCAUGUUGUUUUCUCUUCAUACGCUACUUUCUAUAAAGUAAUACCUUUCUGAAGCAUCACACAAUGAAUACUUCAGUGCCUGCGAAGUUUGUCCAUAUUUAUGUGCCUUCUGCUUCACUAAAUUUCAAGUGCUGAUGAUUUAAAACUCAGUCUCUACUUUUAAGAUGAAGUGAAGUUUAAGUUUAUUGUUUACUUUCCUCCUUUUUGCCUCAUCUCUUCACAGCAGUUAGACAAAAUUGCUUCACUAAAGAAGACACUCUGAUAAAAACAACUCGAUAACAUUUGUUAAAUGCAGCUUUUACAGCAGUGUGAUGGGGUUGGCACUGUCAUUACACAGCCUCAAGUCUCCCGGUUUGUGUCUGGUAUGAACUAAGGGCCUCUCCGUGUUGAGUUUUCACGCUCAGCCUGGAUAUUUUAGUUCUUCUCCCACAGUCUGAAGACACACAUGCAGCUGAAAAUCCUCUCCUAAACAUCUCCUCUCCAGUCCAGUCUCAUACUCAUGCUGCUUGUGAGUCAAAAACAACAACAACAACAAAAAAAGUUAACACACUGAAAAAGGAAUCAUAACAGGAAGUCUUUUAUCCUUAAUUAAUGACAUCACCUCAAGCUCCCUAAAAGUAGACUGUGGCUUCCUCUUAUCAGUGUUAUAUAACAGCUAUUUGAGAAUGGUAUUAGGUUCAAAUGAGGGCUCUUGUUCCUGUAAACGGUUUCCUGUUUCUGUGUAUGUAUCAGCAGCUUAUGAAGCAAACUGUAUGGCUAAUAAGAACUGGGGUCAGAACUUGAGCAGGAGACUAGAAGUGAGAGUCAGGAGUGACUUGCAGGAGUCUCAGGAUGGAGUUUGCUUCAGGCCUCCAGCUUUCUCUGUAGUGUUGUGUCGUUCACGAACGAUUCAUUCAAAAGAGCCAAAUCUUUUAAGUGAAUGUACUGAACCGAAUCACUUCCACAAGUGGAUAUUUCGUUUCUGACUUCAGUUGUGCUGUAGUGAGAAACAGCAUUGCCAGGCCAGCAGCUGGCGAAUGAGGGACCACAUACACCGACGCCGGAAUCACUUGGUAAACGAAUCACGCACUGAACUAGACUCUCUGGAAUCAUUUUUGUCUGACAAAACUACCUUUUUUUUUGUUUUCACUGCUAAAUUGUCACCACAACAACUUGCAUACAAUAGGACACAGCAUGUAACAAGUAGUGCAUAAAACCUGCAGCAUCCUAUCAUUGCAGUUGUUUGCGAGGGAGUAGUGCAUGUUCAGUGUGAAUUCUUCUUAACUUUCAGUGAGCAGACCUGAUAAAUAGCAUACCAUAGGACAGUACACUUAAAACAUCAUGACUUAUAAACAAGUUCAUUUUUACAACCUGUUUGCCAAAGAAACACAGCCAAACACUCCCAUCUCCCGGUCCCAGAAACUUUGAAUUGAACUGAAUCCUGAACCGUUCAGCUGUGUAUCACUUCAGGAGGUCGGAGUCAUGGGCUCCUCCUCAAGCGCUGAAUGAUUGGGUGAUUCGGUGAACGAAUCUUUUGAACGAACCUUUUUAGUGAACUCAUUCUUGUGAUUCAGUACAUCUUAAAGAACUGCCAUGCCCAUCACUAUCUCUCUGCACAUGCUAUGUACCACCUAACCUAUGGGUCACACUGGUAUCUCACAAGUUAGGUAUUGGUGCUAAUAGAAGGGUAGAUGGUUCCCAAUGAGCCUCGAGGCUCACAAGUACCUUCAAACAGACUCCAGUGAUUCUGCAACAAAGACCCAAAGUCUGUUUUUCUGGUGACUUGUUGGUCUUUGUCCUCCUCACCAUCUUUUCUCUCUGCUACAGAGAAUCGUCUCAUCUUGGAUGCCUUCGCCCAGCAGUGCAGUCGAGUCCUCAACCUCCUCAACAAUGGCCGUCUCCUGGAGCCGCCCUCCCUCAACUCUAACAUAAAGCUAGAGAACGGUCCAGGGGAGAUCCAGGGACUUCACUGCUCUAAACCUGAGGAGAGCUCCUCCACCACAGACCCGGAGGACGAGGCCCAACAAAGCCAUCUGAACCAACACCAGACCUCCGCUGUUCUCCGCAUCUUCACAGACUCCCUACAGAACUAUCUGCUGACGGGGCCUCCGCCAAAUCAGCAGCAACACCUGACUGUGAAUCUGGAGGAGGAGCAGUGUCCGUCAGCAGAGCCCGGGUCAGGGGUGUCCCCUCAGAGACACAACCUCGGGGGCUGGGGCUCGCCGACUCCGUCAGAGUCGUAUGGCCAUCCGUCUUCUACACUGCCAGAGGAGGAAGAGGAGGAGGAGAACUGCUGUCCACGCUGCCUGGAGCUGGAGCAGGAGGUGUUGUCUCUGCAGCAGGAGAACGAGGAGCUGCGCAACAAGCUGGAGAAUUUUCCAGGUAAAGCGGUUAGAAACACACUGAAGAUACAAGUUUAUGUUUCUGACUAAAGGUUUACAUUUUGUGCUGAGACAGAUGAGUGAAAGCAAACUUUAGUCUCAUCUUUACAUCUCUGGAAAACUCGCGAUGGGAGGAACACCAGUAGUCCUCAAAGUCCUAAUGUGAUGUUGAAUUAAAACUGGCGCUAAAUCGUUAUAUCCAGUUUCUGCUAUGUGAGGACUUUAUUCUUUUCUGUCACUAAUGACGGCAUGUUGGGUAUUUAGGGUUUUCAUACUGUCAGUUGGGCAAAAACCAAUUUCCUCACCUCGCUUUUGGCUUCAAAAACUGUGGCAAAUAGAGAUCUCUUCAUAGUUUCCACACGAUUCAUAGUUUAAUUAUAAAAAUUAUCACAUUUAUCAUCCGUUGCAACAAUUAUGUGUUUCAGCUCUAGUCUCUGCUGUUUUUAUUUUCACCCUUCCCAUCACUGAGAGUGCCAGUACCAGCAGUGGCACAGGAGGUACUCAGAUCUUUUAUUUAGUUGCGUCUAUUUAUACCCCACUGUAGAGGCUCUGUUAAAUAUAAAAGUCCUGCAUUCAAGGUGUUAGAGGAAGUGCAAAUGCCCAAAAAGGAGAUGAGCUUAUCCAAAUACUUCACUGUGGAUAGUUUAAUCCAGGGCUUUACAGUUAUGUACUUAAGUUGCAAAAACGAGAGCUGAGUUUCGACAUACUCGAGGCUUAAAUCUUUGAGGGCUUGACUUGAGAACAAAGAACUAAAAGUAUUUAAUGAACCACAGUAAUUAAAAUUCACAGUAUUGUGCUUAACUCUGUCUUUUCCGACUCAGUCAAACUGUUAUGAAUUAUAAAUAAGUGAACCAGGAUGAGUGCAGAGUCUCUGUUGCAUACAAGACACUUUCAGCCACAGCUGCUCCUGCGUGCCAUCGGUUUCACAAGAAGGACUUGUUUGUGUAUCUAGACUUAAAGGGAUAUUCCGGCGUAAAAUUAAUUUAGGGUCAAACACACCGUAACACUGAGUUAGACACCCCCUCGAGAGAUGAAUGUUGCAGACCGCUUGCUUCUCUAGUUAAACCAACUUUAGUAACGACCACACGAUAGCAAUACACAGCGGUCUGAGGAGCCAUAAACAAACCUCAACCAAAACGCCACUCUAUAGCCACAAAUAAUGCUCAGAACAGCACCUAACUUCAUCAACAGCACAUAUAGGGUCCCAGCCAUAGAACUCGCCACCAAACAUCUUUUUAACUUUGCCUGAUUUCUUUAGCAAAGAGACUAAACACAACUCACCUACUCUCUUCCAACAGCCGCUUGUUUGUAGUGAGACCUUGGGCCAGUCCGUUACAGACUGCUGCGGGGCGACGCAGCUCAAGGAAGAACAUUUAUGAUCAUUUUUUCGUGAAAAUGCAAUCAGACCGAGACGCUAAGGCAGAAGAACUACAGCGUCUGUUGUGCAAAAUGAUUAAUAUGAUGAUUAUUAUUUCAAGAAAAUGAUAGAGUAAUGACCGGAAUAUCCCUUUAAAAGAGCCGAGAGUUGUGAUUAAAAAUGACUGUUUAUAUUUUAUAGACUGAAAUCUUAUUGAUUGAAUUGACUGUUGAUGUUUUAGUCCCCAGACCUCAGUCAGGGAGUCGUACAACAUCUCCAGACUUUUGAAACUGUUGGCAAAUUUUAAAACUUCACUCGGUGCUGACACAUGUGUGAGUAAGCAAUGAGAAAAUGACAAAUGUUGCCCUGUAUGUAGUGAUGACUCUGCAGAUCCAAGCGAACUCGCGACUAUGAAGUCAUUUCAGCCUUGACAGGUUGAUAGUUGAAAUUUAUCGGCUCGAAUAUACAUGAGCAGUACAUGGAGUUUUGGAGGAGAGAGAGGCAGCAGAGAGGCUGCAAAAUGUGCAAUGAUGUCUUUACUUAACUCUGCACUUUAAUUGACACUGUGCCUAUGCAUGCAACAUUACUAACCCUACUCAUUAAUGUUGUUUUAAUCAGUUACACAAGGUUAGUUUUGAUUCAUCAGUUCCAAAGAGCCACAAACCGACUAAAUCUAAAGUAUAAGACAGUUUUGGGUAAAGGUCUCAUUAGCAUCUAUUUUUGUUAACCUUUUGCUUUCCCCCAAGCACUCAGAGCUCCCUGGUGUCACUUCAACCUAAUUUGCACCAAAGACAAUCAUUUUAUCUGCAUGCUCAAUGUACUUAGCAGUGUCCCAGUUUGAAAUGAUAAGACAUUAGCAUCAAAAUGAUCUUUUAAGGGGAAAUCAAAUACUGCAAGACCAUUAUUGUUUAAUGACUCACCAGACAGAUUGUCUCUUUGCUUGUGGGUGUUUUUCUACAGCGUAUUAUUAGUCAUGUUUUCUUGUAUUUUCCUGCAGUUCCUUGUCAAAAUGUCCUCGAUUACUUCAAGACUGUUCUCGAGUUUCACAACCAGCUGGUUCAGCCGAUGCAGGAGGAGCAGCUCACUGAGGUGAGGAAGCGUACAUUAUCCGCAGUAUUUUUAAAGACGUGCUAUUAGAGGCAUAUGUUAAGGUAUUAAAAGUACUCCAUAUCUGCUCUGUGUUAAUAACUUCUUGUUUGUGUUAAUUUGGAAAUUAAUUGGUGUGAAAAUGUGAUGCUAAAGAAUCUUUGUCUUUACAGGAAGAAGAGCGACAGACUGUUUUUGAGGUUGGUGUUUUUAUAAAAAAGGGGUCAUCAAGUAAAACUCUUUUAAAGGAAAUGUAAACUUUAAGACAUUAUUUGUUCACUCUCUCGUCUCUACAGGGCAGCAAACAGCUCCUCGAGAAUUACCCCCUCUUCAUCACAAACAAGCAGUGGGAUGAAGCCGUAAACUCCUCCAAGAAAGAUGGCAGACGACUGUUGCGAUACCUGAUUCGUUACGUCUUCACCACAGACGAGCUGAAGUUCUCCUGCGGUUUGGGCAAAAGGAAGCGCUCGGUCCACUCUGGAGAUCCAGGCCUGGAGAGACGACCGCUCAACCCCGUCAAAGUCAGCUGCCUCAGAGGUACACGGUCUGAAAGAGUUUGUGGAGAAGAAGAGACAUUCGGUUGACUGAGUGAAAAUUUUUAGAUCUCUUAGAGUAAAUAGAGAAUCAAGAAAAACAUCCUAAUCAUCAUUAUAUGUUGUUGGAAUGAGUCAUUACUAUGCUUAUUAUUGAGUUUAAGAAUAAUAUAGUUUAUGUAAUAAUAUGUGUUCUUGUCCAUUCAUAAGCCCUUUAAAGGUGAAAGCUUUCUUUUUAUAGGUGAAGCUCAAUUUGCGUACUCUGCUACCAACUUGGUAUUCUUGGUAUGAACUUAAAACUGCUGACUUUUUUGCCCACUUGAGGGCAGUGUAAACAAAUUAGACUCAAGCAUCAACUUUGGUUUCAAAAAUGAAGCCAAAAUUAAUGCAAAGAAAGUGGAAACUCCUCAAGUGGAAACUGCAGUUUCUCAAGUGUCUACUCAAGUCUGGCUGUGAAAACCAAGGAAACCCCUUUAGAUUUGAAAGCAGGGUGAAACAUGUUUACCACACGGCUUGGUCCAAAAACAUUUUAAGAGGGUAAACGCUGUGCAGGGAUCUUUCUGAGUUUGGAUCCACCCAGAAACAGGCAAAGAGAAGGACCUACGUUCUCUCGCCUUGCGGUCUCAUAUAAGGAGGUUAUGUGGAGCCAGCGUUUCCCACAUGUCAGUCAUUUUUGUUUUGUUUUAGGUUGUGGAUUAUUUCCCUCACAGCAGAUAAUCAAGUUUUCUGCUUCUGAAUCUGACUUCUGGCAAAAUCGGAUGCAGAGAGAGUUUAUGGUGUACUGGCAAAACCUGGGAUAUUCUCAGAGUUGAUCCUCUGCAGGAGGAACUAAAUGUCAAGAUCAGGGCCUCUUCUUGUUUGACUGAAGGGAUUGUACCUUCGGUUUAUUUUCACACCCAACCUAUUCCAGACCCCCAAAAUUUCCCUUUCUUAAUUGUUGGUGCAUAAUUUUUCAUAACAUCAUCUUCCUUUGCUGACUCUGAAAUCAGCGAAAAUCCCCUCUCAUACCCGUUUCCAUGGUAAUAUUCUAGUUCUCAAGGUGAGCCUCUGGCAGUUGAACCAUGACACAGUUAACUUAAAACCUGCAUGUCAGCAAGUUUCCUCAACUGCAAUUAGAAAAAAAAUCAGCAAGUCAGCAGUUUUCACUGCAGGUCAUGAUGUUAGGCGCAGAUUGUUAUUGUUGCACAUAAUUACAAACACAAAAUACAUGUGGCUGCCUGUUUUUUUUAACAGUGAAAUUGGCGACGUCGAUGUCAAUGGUCUCAUUUGCUUUUGCACAUCAGAGAGACACAUCACUGUUCUUUUCAGCCUGUCUCAUAACCAAUCAAAAAGGAGCUUUUUAUCAGGUUAUCGUUUACACAAGUUCAAAUGGACACAUUACUUCUUACUCAAGUUUUUACACCCAACAGAUGAAUUUAGUUUAGAUUAAUACAUUUUUUUAAGGUUAUUUUAACAGUAUGGGCUGCUAAUUCUUGUGAAUCAGCACAGGUGACCCUUUUACACUGUCUAAUCUCCAUUUCAUACAUUUUUCUUACUUAGAAAAUGAAUAAAAACUGUCAUUUAAAGGGUAAAUCAGUGACAUCGCCACUGGAAAAUAAGAAUAACUUUAUUGAUCUCCAAAGGGAAAUUCAAUUGUCUGUCGUCUCAUUUGUCAUGUCUAAAAAGUCAUCUACUAUUUACAGAAAAAUUAUAAAGUCUGAUGGCUGUGGGUACAAAAGAUCUGCUGAACCUUUCUGUCCUGCAGCGAAGAGAGAGGAGUCGUCCACCACCAUUGGCCAUUUGGUCCUCUAAGUUGUUAUGACGUGGAUGAUCCAUGAUCCAUGAUGAUGAUCCAUCCAUCCAAAAAUAUAAGUUGUUCUAAAAUACUAAGUAAUAUAUGUUACAAAUCUUCUUUCCAGAGUUUAUCCGGAUGCACUGUGCCUCAAACCCAGACUGGUGGAUGCCGUCAGAGGAGCAGAUCAACAAAGUUUUCAGUGACGCUGUGGGUCACGCUCGUCAGGGCCGAGCGGUUGGCACGUUCCUGUGCAGCAGCGGCAGCAGCACCAGCAGCCUCUACAUGGAUGGCUUCGAUGGACAUCUGUCACAGGACGAAAUGUAUUUAAAAGGCUGCCCGAACGGUCAGUCAGACUGAAGUUUAGGAGAAAUAAAAAGACAGAAGCCUGAAAUGUAGCCGUACAACAACAUAUCCUAAAAUACUGACCUUAUCCUGUUACUUUACACAGUGAAGAAAACAUUCCAGGCAUCUAUCAGACACAGAAAAUACACUUCUCUGGAGCAAUUCCUGUUUGUUUGUAGCUUUUUCCUAUUUUUACACUUUUGAUUCUGUUUAAUCUAAAUAUGACCCUAUAAUGAGGAUUUAUACACAACAUCUUAGUCUUCCAUUUUCUACUUCUGCUCCGGUUUCAUAUUUUGAGCGUUUAUGUCAUAAUCAAGGGAGUAGUUUGGAUUGUCUUGAGGGAUGGAGUCCCAGUGAUCUUUGCUUUACUGUUUACACACACAUACCCAUUAAUCAUAACCUAUUUACUUUAAUGGUAGACUCAUUUUUAUCAUCACCGACUCCAUCCCAGAAGUAGCUUUUCAGUGAAAUUCUGUAUCAAUGGCAAAGCGCCUUUACUUGCAAACUUCCUGUAGGAGUGCCUCAGAGAAAGUCAUGAUUUGUUACCUGUUGUCUUGCACCUUAUCUUUUUUAAUUUGGAUCGACAUAAUGUGUCAUCUUUUAUAUCAAAACUAGAAAAGCUUUCACACCAGAAGGUUUUUCCACAGUGUGCUCUGAUACAGCUUCAUAUUGGCUAAAUGAAGUUUUGGUGAAAGCUCAUUAUCACGACCACAAAAAGGGUUCUUAUCACUUAAAGGGAUAGUCCGGCGUAAAAUUAAUUGGGGGUCAAUCAUACCGCAACACCAAGUUAGUCAGUAACUCAAGAGAUGAAUGUUGCCGACCGCUUGCUUCUCUAGUUAUACCAACUUUAGUAACGACCACACGACAGCAAUAUACAGCGGUCUGAGGAGCCAUAAACAAACCUCAACCAAAACGCCACUCUAUAGCCACAAAUAAUGCUCAGAACAGCACCUAACUUCAUCAACAGUACAUAUAGGGUCCUAGCCAUAGUACACGCCACCAAACAUCUUUUUAACUUUGCCUAAUUUCUUUAGCAAAGAGACUAAACAAACCUCACCUACUCUCUUCCAGCAGCCGCUAGUUUGUAGCAAGACCUCAGGCCAGUCCAUUAUGGACUACAGUGGGGUGACGCAGCUCAAGAAAGAACAUUUAUGAUCAUUACUUUAUCAUUUCUUUGGAGUAAUAAUCACCAUAUUAAUCACUUUACACUGCAGACGCAGUAGUUCUUCUGCCCUGUGGCUGGGACCCUAUAUGUACUGUUGAUGAAGUUAGGUGCUGUUCCGAGCAUUAUUUGUGGCUAUAGAGUGGCGUUUUGGUUGAGGUUCGUUUAUGGUUUCUCAGACUGCUGUAUAUUGCUAUCAUGCCGUCGUUACAGAAGUUAUUUUAACUAGAGAAGCAAGCGGUCAGCAGCACUCAUCUCUCCAGGGGGUGUCUAACUCUGUGUUACGGUGUGUUUGACUAUCCCUUUAAGGGCACAUUUGCAAAUCACAUCCGAUUAAAGGCCAAAUUCUGCACUUUAUUUGCUCUGUGGAGGGUUGUUUCUUUCAUCCUGACACUAAAAGUCUUGUGUGAAUUUAACAGCAAGAUAAAUAUACUGAAUUUAACAUUCCAUUUUUUCACACAGGACUUUUGGAGUUAGGAUGGAUGUCUCUUUGUUAAGGCAGCUGCCAUAUGAUAAUGCCUUACACUGGAUUCAAGGCGUCCACAGGUUCAAGCGUUGAUGCUUUGUGUUUUUUCAGUCCUGUUAUCAAGCUGCUGGCUGUGACUGUCUCAAACCUACGAAUCUGAAUUCUUUUUUUUUUAAAGACAGAUUAUUUCACUUUAAAAAGACGGCGUUGACCCAAGUGGAAGAAAUUGAGCACUUACUUUUCCUAAAGCUCUUAUUUGCACUUUUUCAUGUCUCACUGUGGCUCAAACUGUCCUGCAGCGAGAGCAGAACAGAUUUCUUUCUUUACUUUACGUCUUCAUACUGUUUUCCAUGUUUGAAUGUACCAGAUCUCCUCAGUCAGUUUGCCACGGUGACAGUGCUGUGUAAAUGUGUAAUAUAAAGUACAGUAUAGUGUGAGCUGUUCUUGAAAUACCAUGUCUCUUUCUCUCUUUAAAAGCCAAGUAGAAAAGUGCCGCAGAAACCUUAAACAGUCGGAUUCUGUCGUUGUGUUGCUGUUCUGAAUGUGAGCGUUUAUUUGUAUUUACUCCUCCACCCUCAAAGUGGCUGUUAUCAACAUCAACACUGUGAAACAUGGUUAGGAUUUCUACAAAUCUAAGAGCUUCUGUUGUUUUUAUUUAUAAUUAAAAGAAGCACUCAAGCUGGAA